UCAGUGGCACAUUCGGCAUAACAAGUAUUUGCCGAAUUAAUCAUCUGCACUGUAGAUUCAAUGAUGCCUAAAGAGCGUUUUGGGAGGUAGAGUACGUAAUUGGACUGAAGGUAGUGGCAGGUUUGACCAAACCGCUGUGUGCGCGCGCGCGUCACUUUCUUCUUCCCGCCUCGCGCGUGCUCGUGAUGGGAAGUCGCAGAGUGGAGGGAACUCCGGUGGGCUGCGCACAGCGGCAGGUUCACCAACUUCACGCAUUCCUGAACGACCGACCAACGGACGCACGCCCUUCCCCUCCUCUUGCUCAUCUCCCACAAACAUCUUUGGUUCUUGCACCUCCUCUGUGGCGGGUAGACGUCCUGGAAUUGUGCUCGCUAACGGAAUAACUCAACAAGCUACAAGCCGCUCUCAUGGACGCCAAGUGGAGGGCAAGUUGCAAGGGUGCUUUUGGACCUCCUCUUCAAAUGUGGACGUGAUGAUGAUGGAGAUGAAGUUGGUGUGCUGAUGUUCGAGGAAGAAGAUGAUUAGCGACGAGAGAAACAGCCACGUCAAUAAACAGGCGGCCGUGGUGGGCUUGCUGAUCCGCUCACCCAAGAAGAGACUCGCCCAACUUGGCCGGAAAGCCAGCAAUGGAUCAACACAUUCAACAGGCACGAGCCGUUUGGCCGAAAGUUCAGGCGUCCGGCAGCCGGCCAAGUCCAAAAUCCGGCGCCACAACAACAACAACAACAACAAGCGUCUGUCGGGCGUGUUCAACCACAGCCCCAACCUCCACCGAAGUGACAGCGGCUCGGCCUCAGCCACAGCGCAAGACGACCCGGCCGAGCUGUCCUGCCAGCUGUCGGUGCCUGGCAUCCUCAAGAUUUUCGGCAGCGACAUUUGCCAGGGCGCCCACUACAAGAGCGUCCUGGCCACCACGCAGUCCAGCGCCAAGGAGCUCCUCAAAGAAGCUCUGGGCAGGUACAGUCUGGAGAGAGCGGACGCCGGCGCCUACGUGCUGUGCGACGUGAUCGGCCAGACAGGCACGGGCGGCCAGUGGCGGCGGGAAUGUUUCCGCGUGGUGGGCGACCACGAGAAGCCGCUGGUGCUGCAGUCGCUGUGGAAACCCAAAGAAGGAUUCUCGCGCCGCUUCGAGAUCCAGCUGAGGCUCCGAGUAGAGGAGCAGAGCCUGAAGGAGCGGGACACCGUCACGGCAGGCAUUAAUGCUCAAGCCCGCAAGCUUCAGCGGAACCGCUCCAGGGCCACCUCGAUGUUGGUGGACAGCACCGUGGCAGCGGCCGCGGAUGGGCCGGACUUCUGGAGGAGCCUGAGUGAAAUGGACCUGAGCGCCAUGGGCAAGGAGGCCCGCGGGGUGCGACGAUCCCGGGACCGGGAACAGGAGCAGGACAAGGACGAGGAUGAGGACAAGGACGCCCUGAGGCUGCUGGGCAUGGAGAAGGAAGAGACAGAAAGCAGCGACGACAACGCCACCCAAUACUCCAUUCAUCCGCCUUUUGACUUCCCCUACUUUCUGCUCCUGCAGGGAUACAACCACAGACAGGAUUUCGUCAUCUACCUGCUUAGCGGCAGCAGCACGGUGUUAGGCCGCUGCGGCGAGCAUCGCGCCGGCGAGGAUGAGGAGUGUCUGAAGGUGGACAUCCUGCUCUUUGCCCCCGACGUCCUCCCCCGCCACUGCCGCGUGCGCCGUCUGGAUGCAGCCACCGUACUCAAGCCGCUCCACGGCGCCCGUGUCACCAAAAACGGGGCGCCACUGAAGGAAGAGGCGGAGCUUCAUCCCGGCGACCUGGUGGGCUUGGGGGAGCAUUACCUGUUCAUGUUCAAGGACCCCACCGGCAUGGCGGCUGGACCCCUGCACAAAAAGACGCCUCCUUGGAUGAGGCGCCUCUGUCCUCACGGGGCCGACGAGCCGCCGACCACCUGUCAAUCGUGCGGCUGGCCUCCUGUCGUCACCGCAGACGAUUUAGCAGAAGACGGCGGCGUGACGCUAAGCUACCAUGCGGAGCAGGAAGACGAGGUUCUGCGGGAGAUCGUGAACAUGUCGGAGCCCACAGACGCCGGACCAAAGCUGACGGCCGCCUUCCUGUUCAGCCUGUGCAUCCGACGUUCGGCCGCCGCGCGGGACCUCGAACGCUUCAGACGCCUCCUGCUAAACAUCGCGGCGCGUGUGCAGGAAGUUGUCUGGGACAAGACCAAGGAGCUUGCGUCGAUGCAAUCGGACAACAUCCCCCCACCGCAGACGCAUGAAGUGAUCUCAGGUCUGCGUCCUCUGGCCGCGUGGAUGGCCAACACCAUCGAGCUUCUGCACUUCAUCCAGCACCACGUCCCUAAGCUGAUAGCCGCCGGGAGGGACUCCCCCGGGACAGGUUUGAUGGAUUCUGAGGAGGUGGCAUCCACUCGCGCCGCCUGCGAGGAGGCCAUGACGGUGCUGGAGGAAGUCAUCAUGUUCACCUUCCAGCAGUCCGUCUACUAUCUCACCAAGAGUAUGUACUCUGCGCUGCCGGCGAUGCUGGAUGGGAACCCGUUCUCGACGAGCGGGCGUCUGCGCGCGCCGGACGGGCUGAGCGGCGUGCUGGACGUCCUGAAGGAAGCGCUGCAGCUCUUCACCUCCUUCCAGGUUCACGCCGACAUCUGCCUGCAGCUGUGCGCGUACCUCUUCUUCUUCAUCAACGCCUCGCUCUUCAACGCGCUCAUGGAGAGAGGCUCGGUGGUGGGCUUCUACAAUUGGUCGCGAGGGGUCCAGAUGCGGGCUAACCUGGAUCUGCUGAUGGACUGGCUGCAGAACAUCAGCCUGGCCCACGUGGCCGCCGACUUCUUCCAGAAACUCUCGGCCGCCGUCAACUUGCUGGCCACGCCCAAAGAAACGCUACUGCAGGCGUCGUGGACUGCCCUGAGGUCCGAGUUUUCCGCCUUAAACGCGGCGCAGCUGCAACACAUGCUGACCCGGUACAACACCGGCAAGACCCGACCAGCAGACUGGACUCCUGGACCGGAACAUGCCGACGACGCCUGCAGAACGGGAGACAUUUUGGAGAGCUUCGACCAGCAUCCGCCACUCAUCCUGCCCAGCAGAAGCUUCUUUUUGGAAGAAGCCCAUCAGGACCUGGCUCUCCUAGAGCAGCUGGCCCACCUGCAGCAGGCCGUCAGCCAGGCCUCCCCCAGGGAAGACCUGCACCCACAAGAAGAGGCACAGAUGGCGCCUGAGGAGCACAUGUCAGCGUCGUCCGCAACCACCUCCGAUGAGACCUCGCGCCCCGAGCGCCGGCCGCCAGAUGUUGCCGGUGACCCGAGCGUCAGCGAGGAGGUGGCGGCCCCGAAGCCCGAUAAUCACAAGCGGGCGGGUGGCGCCGGCCAGCGGGACGUCCACAAGGCCGCCGCUCCUCCGUGCCCGUCCUGCAUCCUCGUGCCUGCCGACGCGCCGCAAGCAAAGGAGACGGACGCACAACCGCAACCCGACGGUGAGUGUGUUUUGGAAAUAGAAGAAGACGACGAUGAUCGCGAUGACGUAUUCACGGUAGAGAUCCAACGCGGUCCUCACGGUCUCGGCUUGGCGCUGGUGGACGGCACGAAGACGGCGCUGAGGAUGAGCGGAAUUUACGUCAAGUCGCUCGUUCCCGACUCGCCCGCCGCUCUGUGUCGUCACCUGAAGAUGGGAGAUCGAAUCCUCGCUGUCAAUGGUGUCAGCCUGGUCGGAUUGGACUACAGCGUUGGGCGUGAAGUGAUUCGCUCUUCGGGAGACUCUCUGAGACUGCUGGUGGCCAACAUGGAUGCCAACACAAACGCCAAUAAAAGUUCACAGACGACCAAAUGCUGAACAGGAAGUCAAGACUGUUUCCUGCUUCCUCUCCGGAAGCUUCUCCGCUCACUCCAAAAACGUUUUGUUGUUGUUGUUGUUCUAUCUUCUCAAUGUCUAUCAACUCAUUUGUAUUUAUAAAAAACGUUGCUAUUUUCUCAUAUUUAUACAAUUCUUAAACAUGUGCACAAUAAAUGUGUGUGCAGGCGG